GCUUUAAUGAAGUGUUCGGGAGCACGGAGACUGUCACGCGCAGCGUGUGACUGAGCACAUGCACGUGUCGUACGAGCUGAAAUUUAAUGACACCUUUGACGCGUUUCGGGAAGCGACCAGUCCACCGGCUAACGAGGACGGUUCCAGUGUCUUCGGGACCUUUCCCGCCCGGUUGGUUGCAGACCCUACGCAGGAAAGCGCUUCACGUGCAAUCUGCAUAAAAUCGCCGCCCACGGAGUCCGAGGGUCAAUCCGCACGAGUCCAGUUAAAUUCGCCGCAACUGCCGAAGGCUUCGAGGACGAACACACAGCUCCACGUGCCGCCCGUUUAGCAGCCUUCACCCACCGUAGACGGAGCUUAACGCAACCUUCUCCAGCGCGCCCACCGCCACGAGCGCGCAAUCAAGGCGCGAGCCCGACACCCCGUUAAUGGCUCGCUCGCCCUCACCGCUCCGCCUCGCAUUCAGCUAGACGAGAGCGCACAAGACGCAUCUCACCACCGAAUCGCACCGUGAUUGUAGCCACGCGGCAGCGUCACGGACACCGGACCGGGACGCGGAGUACGUGUGGUCCAGAGCUGUUCUGCCCCGGACCGCGCCGUUUACCAUCUCCGCGCGCUCUGCUUGCGUUGUACAACUUUAAAGCUUAUUUCGUAUUUAAAACGUUUAGUUUUUAAAGACGAAAUAAUAAAUAAAUAAUAUAAAGAAGAUCUCCGAAUCACGGCUUGAUACGAAAGUGUCUACAAUCAAAGCCCACGGACUAGAGGAAAUUGCUCCUUGGAGCGAGCGUGUGUUUUUCUCGGCGUACCUCUGAGUACUGCAAAGCAGCGCGAGGAAGCAGGCGGUCUUGACUCUUCCGUUCGUUCACGCGCAGACUUUAAUAACCGGCGGCUUCACGAAGCGGCCCUUUGGAUGCGUUCAGAUUUUUUAAGGAAAAAGUCCGUCAUCUUUCUCCUGGAUCUGAGCAUUAGCGCUUUAAAGCUCCUGACACCAGAAUGGAUUUCCGUGCGGUCUUCGUGCUGUGCGCCCUCGCCGGGCCGGUACUCGGGGACAGCGCGAUCAGUAAACCGAGGAGCUGCGCAGACAUCAGGCAGUUCUACACCGGCAAGGGCUUCGGUACGAGCGGAGUCCCGCAGGCGGAGAUAUCCGGCGAACACCUGAGAGUGUGCCGCCAAGGCUACACCUGCUGCACCAGCCAGAUGGAGGAGAAUCUGUCCAGCCUGAGCAGGAAGGAGUUUGAGGACCAAGUGAAAGAAUCUGGACGCAACUUGCAGGCGUCUCUCAACGGCCAGUACAAGAGCUUCGAUGGUUAUUUCUUGGAGCUGCUGAACCGCUCCGAGGUCUCCCUGCAGGACUCCUUCUCUGCCAGCUUCGGUUCGCUCUUCACACAGAUGUCGUCCGUGUUUCACGAGCUCUACUCUGACCUGCGCCGCUACUACCGCGGUGCCAACCUCAACCUGGAGGAGGCACUCAACGAGUUCUGGGCUCGCCUGCUGGAACGGCUGGUGCGGGCCCUGUCCGGCGAGCACACUCUGAGCGAGGACUACCUGGAGUGUCUCGCCAAGCAGGCGGAAACACUGCAUCCGUUCGGAGACACGCCCCAUGAGCUGAAGAGCCGGGUCACGCGCAUGGUGGUCGCCGCCAGGUUCUUCGUGCAGGGCCUCGUCGUGGCUGGCGAGGUGGUCCGAAAAGUGUCCCAGGUUCCUAUGAGUGUGGAGUGUGUCCGUGCUGUGAUGAAGCUCACCUACUGUCCCCAUUGUAUGGGCAUUUCCUCAGCCAAGCCAUGCCCCAGCUACUGCCAGAAUGUAAUGAAGGGCUGCCUCGCCAAUCAAGCAGAUCUGGACCCUGAGUGGCGGAACCUGGCAGAUACCAUGUUGCAGGUGGCGGAGCGUCUGAACAGACCCUACAGUGUGGAUGCUGCAGUGAUGUCCCUCCCUAAACACAUCGCUGAAGCCAUCCUGUACAUGCAGGACAACAUAAACACCUUCAACAAUAAGGUGUUCCAGGUGUGCGGUACACCUCCUAAGAGCUCCAGUCCUGAUGAGGCAAUGAAGAGAGGGACAUACCCUGCAGAGGAGAUCAGCAGAACAUCAGGAGCAGGGCUGGAGAAAGUGUUAUCUAAUGUCUCCAGAAAGCUGAGUGAAGUAAUGCAGUACUGGGUUCAGCUGCCCAGUAAACUGUGUGUGGACCACGAGGCCAAAACCAGCGAUGCCAGCAGGUGCUGGAACGGCAUCGCUGUAGACAGGUAUCUCCCAGAACUGAUAAGAGACGGGCUCGCCAGCCAGAUCAACAACCCAGAGGUGGAGAUCGACAUCACCAAGCCAGACAUGACUAUACGCCAACAGAUCAUGCAGCUGAAGAUCAUGACCAGUCGACUGCGAAACGCCCUCAAAGGCAACGACGUGGACUUCCAGGACACCAGUGAUGACAUUAGUGGCUCGGGGAGUGGCAUGUGCAGCGAGGAGCAGUGUUUCCACGGUACCCGGGUCAUGGUACCAAGCACUAACAGACCCGGACACCAUCCCAGCCCCCCUGAGAACAAGAAAGUGGUCAGAGGGCUCAGCAAUCGGAACCUCCCCUGUUUCGCUCUCUACCCACUCUCAUUGGCCACAGUCCUUCUUAGGCGAUAAUUGACAGGCAUUCCUGCCAACCCGGGACUCGGUACGGCACUGGGGGUGAAUUCACGACGGGGGUGGGGCUAUAGGGCGGGGCAGUUACAUUGCCAAAACAAAACAAAAAAAAACCAAAACAAAAAAAAGUCAAAACAAACAUACAAAAUGUCCAAAUGCAAAGAAAGUAAAAACUAAUGAACGAUGUGUUUGGUCACCCUGACAGCAGUGUGGAAGAUUUGUAGCUUUCUGUUCUUUCCUCCUGUGUUGAAGUAUCCUGCACUCCAUGAACAAUAAUUCUGUUGGUUUUUAUAACAGCAUGUAUGUUCUGAGCACCUGUGAGCAGGUAGCUGGGUCUCAUCACCACGCAUCCUGCACAAACGCAUCAUUGGUUCACAAAAUUAGACGUUCAGAUUAUUUAUUAUAGCCAAACACUUCAAACCACAACAAGCCACAACAUUAUCACAUUUAGGAAUUCAUGACAGAACUCUGCCAGUCCUGAGUUCUCUUUAACAUAGUGAGGAGAGAUCAGAUCACUUCAGUCUGAGGCUGAAAUUACGCAAUUCGUCAAAACCGAACAAAUUCACAUGACCCCUGUUGUCACAAGACUCCGUUGUCUGACCGUUAAAAUGGAUGAAAUGGUUUAUAUUGCCCAGGCAACGCAGCAUAAGAGCCCCCUCGCUCUUAUGGCUUCAGAUAUACUUACUGUUAUUAUUGUUUUUUAUUAGCAUCAUCUUCCAUCUGCAGCUUUGAGAACGCAGUAAAGCGCAGGCUCACAGAACACACCACCUACCUGUGCUGCAGCUGAGCACGAGGCACGCGGGUCCCUACGGGGCCGCAGCCCGCCACGGUGUGAGGAGGAACACCACGGCUGUUUAAACACCAGCAAGCGAGGAAGAAGCGCGGUGUUUUUAAAGAACUGUGAGAUGAGAGAUGAGUGUGUCUGUUUGUUUGUGUGUGUGCUUUAACAUCUCUGCGACAGAUUUGGAAUAUGCAGAGUUGUGUGUGUGUGUGUGUGUGUGGUGAGGUUCUGGCACAUGCAGAGAAACCAAAUAUGGUGAGAGAGAUGAGAUGCGUUUGGACUCACUGGAAGUGACGUGUGUUUUGGUAAAGCCAGUGUGGAAUCGUACAGCCUUCUGGAACGUUCUGAAUGCUGCACUCUGACCCUAUGCCUCAGUCAGUCAGGUGUGCGUUGCGCAGCUGUGGACAGAUGAUGGACUGCAGUGACCCAGAUGUCUCUCUGUGCUCACUCCUAUUAAAAGAACGUUUGUUUGUGCGUGUGCCUGUGUGACAUCAUCACCGACAUCCAGCUGAGCGGGAAGGUUGGGAGAAUAGCUGACUUCUUACAGGGAAGUCUGGGAAUGUCUGCAAAGAGGAUUGAAAAAUGUUUAGAGUUGGAAGUUAAGCAUAGAAUGUGUAUGUUUGUGUGUGUGUGUGUGUGUGUGUGUGUGUCAGCAUGUGGAUGGUGAAAAGUGUGUGUCCGUGAGAAAGACUCUGUGGCUCACGGUUGCCGGGUGCUCCAUUCUCAGUGCCUGUGAUGACAUGCCCCCGUCCUGUGAACGAGUCGGCACAGGCGCACAGUGACGACCUCAUCAGCGGAACUCCCACUGACGCAUGCGGCGCGGCUCUUGACCAUGUUGUAGCAUGCGCUCGGUGAGACGUUAGCACCUGUCCCCGGGGCUGAUGCCCCCUGUGGACAGAAAGCCCGAUCAGGGCUCCUGUCCCGUGUCCUGGUGCGUCCCUGCCUUCGGCCUCGUCCACAUGAGUCAUAUGUUCUCCGAGGGGCCACAUUCCAAGAAAGGACAAAAACAUAUAACCCUGCUGUGUCUCUCAUUUCCUGUCUAACGAACACUCUUCUUCCCCGUCCUGUCCCACGUUCGCUGGUCGGUUCGAGCACUUUCUCAGACACAUGGGAUUGCGCAGAGGUGCCCCCAGAGGCCUGAAUGUGCGAUCAGUGAUCAAUAGCACAGUGACACCCCACCGAAUCAAUUAUUGUUGAGACUUGGGUGUAAACAGUAAACAGAACUGAUCGCUGUGAUGUCACUGUGCAUGUAAGGUCCUGUUAGCUGUGGUGGGUAUGCCAUGAUGGUGAGCCGGUUCAUCUUAAGGUGGUCUUGAUCUGGAAGCCACGUUACAGAGUCAGUGCUACCUUAAGUAGAGACCGAUAGGGUUAGCCUAAAAACUGCUAACUGUUCCCAGGUCCCUGACGCACCACUCUCAUAUAUGAAUGUGCCAAGUCAAAAUAAAUAAAUGAGUAAACAAAAUAAGAAAAGAUAACACCAUACAGUAUGUUCUGAUAUAUGCUUUAUUCAUUUCUGUUUGUUUUGUUUUCCAGUAAACACCAAUAGAGAUUUUGUGUUCAUGAACAGAUUGUCAAAAACAGUAGAGGAGUUUGAUCAAAACUGUGGCGAUUUGCUGUUGUAUGUUCCUGGAAAAAAAAAAAAUUGUGUCAAUUAUAUACAUUGUAUGAUUUUCACGA